AGACAGCCCCCUCUCUCCAGAAAAGAUCAGGGCGCGGGUGGAGGCUUUGGAGGCUCCUAGGCCAGGCCCGGGCCCAGUGGUCUCUCAAGGAAAACGUGCAGAGCCUGCCUACUGACCGCCGCCUCCAAGCUCCUCGGACCGCCGGGCGACGCGGUUCUCCCACGGGAGGCCGCAUCUUCUUUGUAAUUCGAGCAGGCCCUGGCGGGCCGGUUGCUGUGGUAACGCUGCUUUUCCCGACUCUGUAAGGCGGGGAGGAGGGAGGCGGGCCUUGCCGGACGUCACGGAGACUGGGUUUGGGGGUGCUGCCCACUCCCGACUAAUUGUUUGCCAGAAAGGAAGCCUAGAGAUAGAUGUUUCGUUAACUGAGGGGUCCAAGGGGCUGCAUUAGUACGGACGGAAGGGAUCAGGAUCCACCCCCAUCAACCUCCCCCCAAAGUCCGCUCUUGCCAAAGAUUUUAACGGUCUAUCAAAGCAGGGCGGAGGGGGAGUUGCAAUUCGGAGAUUUGGUCGGAUGGUCCACGCCCCUUCCUCGGGUUUGAUGUUUAGGCCACGCCCACCCCGAGCCGGGGCCAGUUCUAGACCACGCCUCUCCCCUGGGCGCGCGGAAGAACCAAAAAGGAGUAGUAUUGCGAAAUUGAAUUGAGCCAGAGCAACUAACGCGCCAAGACCUGGGACGGGUCGUGUUCCACAGGCGUCCGCCGAGGCCGCCCCGCCCCACAUUUUCGGGGAGCCCUCAUGGUUUUGCGCCUGCGCACUGCCCCCGCGAGCUCACGGGUUGGACGAACACGCAGAGUCGCCGCGGCGCGCAGAAGGGGUGGAGCAGGCAUGAGCAGGCGCGCGCGCGCCCGUCUGGAGGACGCUAAGGGAGCAGGCGAGACGGGAGGAUCCAGUGGGUAGAGUGGUUCGCCCAGGUUUCUUUGGGCAGUGCGUAAGGCCGCUCUGGGCACGAGGGCGCCCAUCUCACUGGCUCGCUCGGUUCCCGGAGCAGAUCCGGGGCAGUAGGAGAGCGCCGGGUCAGGGGCCGCCGCCGCCGCCGCUCCCGGUGGACUCUGCCCGCCAACCCGCAAGCCCGCGCUUCGCGGGCCCAGCCGUCAGGAUCAGAUCAACCAUUGGCUUGCCCUCUAAUAAAGUCAGCUGAAAGUGACUGCUCAAGUUUCUUCAAGAUGCCUGCAGCACUUGUGGAGAACAGCCAGGUUAUCUGUGAAGUCUGGGCCAGCAAUCUAGAAGAAGAGAUGAGGAAGAUCCGAGAAAUUGUGCUCAGCUAUAGUUAUAUUGCCAUGGACACAGAAUUUCCAGGUGUUGUGGUGCGACCAAUUGGUGAAUUUCGUAGUUCCAUAGAUUACCAGUAUCAGCUUUUACGGUGCAAUGUUGACCUCCUAAAAAUUAUCCAGCUGGGCCUUACAUUCACAAAUGAGAAGGGAGAAUAUCCUUCUGGAAUCAACACUUGGCAGUUCAACUUCAAAUUUAAUCUUACAGAGGACAUGUACUCCCAGGAUUCCAUAGAUCUCCUUGCUAACUCAGGACUACAAUUUCAGAAGCAUGAAGAGGAGGGGAUUGACACAUUGCACUUUGCAGAGCUGCUUAUGACAUCAGGGGUGGUUCUCUGUGACAACGUCAAAUGGCUUUCAUUUCAUAGUGGCUAUGAUUUUGGCUACAUGGUAAAGUUACUUACAGAUUCUCGUUUGCCAGAAGAGGAACAUGAAUUCUUUCAUAUUCUGAACCUUUUUUUCCCAUCUAUUUAUGAUGUGAAAUACUUGAUGAAGAGUUGCAAAAAUCUGAAGGGAGGUCUUCAGGAAGUUGCCGAUCAAUUGGACUUGCAGAGAAUUGGAAGGCAGCAUCAGGCAGGCUCAGACUCGCUGCUGACGGGAAUGGCAUUCUUCAGGAUGAAAGAGAUAAGGAUUCUCAGAAAACUACUGGAAAUUCUAGAGAAAAUGAAAAUGUCAACUGUUUUCACUAUUUUCACAGCACAUACUUGGCACUACUCUUCAAACAGCACAAUGUCAGAUUAUAAUUUCUUCAUAUUAGGAAAGAAGUAAUCGCACUUGUUUUGUAUUAAAAAAAAGGGCUCUUCUAACCACCUAUUAUGGUUUUUGUGGGUGCUGAGCAGGGUCAAAGACUCCUUAAGGAAUAAGUCAUGGAAAUGUGAAAAAGAUCAACCUGCUAGGCAGGAAUAGUACUUACCAGAACACAUAGGUUCUGCAAUCAGGCUUGAAUCUAGGCUCCCCUCCACACUAGCUUUGGGACUUUAGGAAGUUAAGCUAACUUCUCUGGGCCUCAAUUUAAACAUCAGGAAAAUGCGGCUAACACAGUCUACCUCACAGGACCAUGAGAAUUAGAUAUAGUCAAACAUGGGAAUGGGAUGUGUGUGUAAAAUACUCAAACACUGAAGGAAGAGGGUAUAAACUGGCACAAUCUUUUUGGAGCCACUUAGCAAUAACAAUACUCUAUUAUUUUUUUUAUUUUUAUUUUACUAAAAAAAUUUUUUAAAAUGUUUAUUUAUUUUUAAGAGAGAGAGAGAGAGAGAGAGAGACACCACACGUGAGCAGGGGAGGGGCAUGGAGAGAGGGAGACACAGAACCCGAAGAAGGCUCCCGGCUCUGAGCUGUCAGCACAGAGCCCAACACAGGGCAUGAACCCACGAACUGCGAAAUCAUGAUCUGAGCCAAAGUUGGAGGUUUAACCAACUGAGCCACCCAGGUGCCCAGCAGUAACAAUACUGAAA